CCGACACGCAGAAUCGGCGCGACCCAUCGACCAGCAGGACUCGGCAGUGCUGCAGUGCGGUCGAGCGGCACGUCCACGCCGGAGCAGGUAGAAAGCGGCGCUUGUCCCGACAUGAGCCGAGCGGACUCGUAGAGACGGUCCCGCAACCCAGUGACAUAAUCACCACCGCAACCAAGAGUCUUCCAUUAGGUAACCCAUGAAUCCGAGCCCCUGUUCGAUCGCCGAUGCGUGGAUGUAGUGGAAUGGCGGGACGGCGCGCCGCGUCCACACGAUGAGGCUGCGGAGGCGCAAGAGGGCGGACGAGAGCGCGUGGAGGGCGGUGAGGAGGUGCGUCGUCUUCUUCGCCACCAUCUGCGUGGUGCCGGUGCUGCUGGUGCUGAUCGUCACCACGGACAGCUACAUGAGGCCGGUGAGGCAGACGGCGUUCGUCAGGCCGCAGUUCGAGCACGUGGAGCGCCACGAAGCCAACCUCCACAACCUGACCGCCGUCGAGAAGAGGCUGGAGAGACGCCGCCUCCACCUCCGGAAGGCCUGCAAGUACUUGGGCCUCAACGUCCCGGGGAACGACUCCCUGCACAAACCGGACCCCUGGGAGUUCCUCAUCGACGUCAAGCACCGCCUCGUCUGGUGCAACGUGUUCAAGGCGGCGAGUACCUCGUGGAUGUACAACUUCAACAUCUUGGCAGGGUACAGCCCGAAGUUCCUCAAGAAAAGCAAGGUGGUACCGCUGGUUCUCGCCAGGCAGAAGUAUCCCCGGCCCACUCUUCAGAUCUUGAGGAAGGCGUUCAAUAAUUCCGUCUCGUUUUUGAUCACGCGUCAUCCGUUCGAACGACUUCUUUCGGCCUACAAAGACAAGCUGCUGUUCGCGCUGCCGCAUACGUACCACAGGAAGCUCGGGAGUGAGAUCAUAUCCAAGUACCGACCGAAAGUAAAAAAUCAAAAGGGUUUCAAGCCCGAAAAGUGGCCUACGUUUCCGGAAUUCGUACUAUAUCUUCUGGACAGCGUCAAGCAGAAUCAAAACUUGGACAUGCACUGGACUCCCAUCACGGAGUUUUGCACGCCGUGCAUGUUCGACUUUGACAUCAUAGCGCACACAGAAACGUUGCAGGAAGACCAACAGUACCUGAUCAAGAAGGCGCACUUGGAAGGGUUGGUCGAGCCGCAAUGGAGGAACGCCGGGCACGGGGCGACAGCUCGGCAAAUCCGAAAAUACUACUCGCAACUGACGCGGUCGCAAAUUUUACAACUUUACCACAUAUAUAGAUACGACUUCGAACUUUUCAAUUACUCGCUCAAGGGCUACUUGGAACUGGGCCAACCCGACGAUGACCCUUCGACUCUCUUAGCGGCGAUCACACUUAAAGAUUUCCCCCAGAACAAAGAUAAUCCAAUGCCGCAGCUCUACCGAUGAGCAUUCGCAAUACUUUGACAUUGUGAUAACUAGUAUGGGUUAAGAUUUUAACUUGUUAUUAUGAAUUUUGGGCUAUUAGCACUGUUACAUUGUGAUAGUUAGUGUGUUACUUACACCUUAAAUAUAGAUUUGCUUUAUUUUGGUACUUA